UUUCGACAGGAUGCCAGAUUCGCAGUCUCCUUCGCCGACGGAGAAGCCCGGAGAUACCGGGUAUACCCCUGGGGAUGAUUCGUGGACGCAAUGGCGGAAUAUCUUCGCGAUCAUGUCGGGGAAGAUGACCGAUGAAGGAAAGGAGCAGUUUCGUGUCGCGCGAGACAUCCGCAACGAGGCGGCGGAUUGCAAGCGUUGUGAAGACCAGCGAGAUUAUUUGUUGCAGUACAGCCCCGUCGUCCGGUACAUGAGCGACAGCAUCAAGCAACUCGGCGGUGACCUUUCCAGCCACAACAUCUACUGCCGUCGAUGCACGAAUCGACAAGCCGGUGGUUUCGACCCGGAGUACGGCAUCCGCAUCUGCGCCAACGAAAUGAAGGACCAGGGACAUCUGGAGGACACGAUGGCCCACGAGAUGGUGCAUGCCUAUGACCAUUUGCGGUUCAAGGUGAACUGGACGGAUAACCUACGCCAUGCUGCGUGUACGGAGAUCCGGGCCAGUUCCCUCAGCGGAGAAUGUCGAUGGGCGCGAGAGUUUUUCCGGCGAGGACAGUGGAAAUUCACCCAACAGCAUCAGGAGUGUGUGCGACGACGGGCGAUCUUGUCGGUACGGGCGCGACCGACCUGCAAGGACGAGGCGCAUGCGACCAAGGUGGUGAACGAGGUUUGGGACAGCUGUUUCCGGGACACGCGGCCAUUUGACGAGAUCUAUCGAUGAUACCAUGUCUUUUUAAUUUUCUUUCUUUUUCGACGGUGUACAUAUGACACUUUUCCACUCC